AUGUUUCAAACGCUCCCAGAUGAGCUUUGGGUCUCCAUUCUAUCCCACCUGCCCGACUUCAACACCCUGAAGAAUGCAGCACUCACCUCUUCAACAUGGCUCCGCUGCGCCCCCUCCGCAUGCCGCCAGGUCACUCUGAACGAAAUAGGACCAAGUAUUCUUCCAGAGGCUGUCAUGGCCCUCGAGUCAUCUAGAUUUGACAGCAAGGACUUGAAUCUUGUCGUGAAAUACAGCGAUAAGUAUCUCAAGAGACGGCCCGUCAUCCCUCCGACGAUCAGCCUCGCAGACGGUGCCGCUUUAUCGGAGUUACACAAGUGCGGCCGGCAUCUGGCAAGCAAAUACCAAGACUUCGCACUACAUCGCCUCACGAGAGAGCAGUGCAGUCUAGCCAACGACCGUCGCGACUGGCCGCAGCCACCUUCACCAGCGGACGAACCCACGGCGGCAGAGACGGCUCGUUUCCAACGAGCUUUGUACCGCUUCGAGGUCUACCGUAACUUAUUUAAGGACCCAGAGGUUGUGAUAUUCAACCUAGACGUCGUCAAUUUCCAGAGGAUUCACUUUUUCGACUUCCUCACUCCCUGGGAGAUGGAACAGCUGGUCGCGGUGAGGGAUUAUCUCGCAGCUGCUGUCAUUGGUCCUCCACUACAUACGCUCGUGGAGUUGAGAAAACUUCAAGCGUUAUCAAAGCACCAUUGCGGCCCCGUAAACGGACAGGUGGUGUACUGGACCGAUCCCAUCCUCCCCCCUCAUUUGGAGCGCGGCGACUGCCACAUCAGGCAAAACCAAGCCCGCCUCCUAUGCUUUGGGAUCAAGUUUCUCUACAAAGUCUCCAUCACACCCACCACUCAGUUUUACCAACUGCUUCUCACUCUUCCGCAACAACCACGCUACGAUAGCUACAACCGCGUCGGCGAGAUUUACGUCUGGUUCUCCGACGCCGUCGACAAGUGCAACGAAUUGAGUAAUUCCGAAACCCCACGAGACAGUCCCGUGAGUGCAUGGUCGCCGGAGGACUACAAACAACGUGUAGGGCAGUCGAUGGUCACCGAAGACAUGGACAAGGGGCCGGAAGAAGCUUGGUACUGGGCGUAUCAGUCGUUCCUGGGAUUCCAGAAUAACGACCCGCGGAUGACCAACUGCCGUCUGUUUGGACUCUUUUUCUGGGAUUCGCAGCGUCUGGAGAAGAUAAACUUCUUUACGCGGGUGGACUUCUGGUGGUGGAGAUGGGAGGGUGGUCGCCAACCGGAUUUUGACUGGGAUAUCGGGGCCAUGAACUUUCGCCGAUUCUCAUAA